AUGUGAUAGUAGAGAAGUGGCCUGAGGGAACACACUUAAUGUGUUGUGAAAAGUGGUAUGAAUUGUCAUGUAAUAUUUUUAAAAUGUAUUUAACUCCCUUAAUGUUGCUUUACCCCAGGACGAGUAGCUGCUGCCUUGGCAGGAACUAAUGGGGAUCCAUAAUAAAUAAACCAUGGAAUGCCAUCUAGCCAUGAGCUCGUUUGAAAGACAAUAACAAGACAUUUCUCUAAUCUCAUAUUCAGCCUGCCACCUUCCAGGAAACCACAGCCAGUCAGAGGCUGCAAGCUAUUUUAGUUGUUUAUAUAAAUACCUUAGGAUUUUAUUUUAUUGUAUUUGCCAAUUUUUAAAACAAUACAACCAUACGUGGACAAAAUGCAUUUACAAUCAUUGACAACGUGAUGCAUCUAAUAAUUUACAGUUUAAAUAGAUUAAUUACAUAUUGAUUAUACCAUAAAUCGUCUACAGUUGUCAUUAAUUUAACAUACUAUAUAUGAGGGAAUACAAACAGUUAUUUUCUAGCAAUAAAUUAUACUCCCUAAACCGCCUCACCCACUUGAAGAAAAGUGUUGAUGACUAUGUACAGUAGGUGGCGGCACCUCUUAAACACCACAGAAGAAGCUGAAAAGCAUCAACAGGAAGUUUUGGUACCGUCUAUCGAGUUUUCAAACUAAAUAAAAUUCCACAGGAUCUUUCUGAUGUAAAAUUAGUCUCAAUGAGACGUUUGUUUGUCACAAUUUAAAUCCAGUUUUUAUAUUAAAAAGGACGUUUGAUUGCGCUUGUCUAGCUUUUCUUUAUCUGAACGCCGUGACAAAGAAAGUAACUCUAGCGUACACAUUUACGUUCAUGUUUUUUUAUUUGAAGAAAGAAUCGCUUCCAAGAUGGAUCGGGACAGUGCUAGCCCGUCCCCCUCCAGCCUGCCGGAGUCCCCUGGUCGCAACUCUCCUGAUAUCGCCUUACUGCUGGGUCUGAAGAGCCUGGCUGUGCGGCUGGUCGACUGCAGGAAAACACCAGGGCAGAGUGGAACUGUGAGAGGGGGGCACGAGGAGGAAGACUUGAUUUCAUCAAGUAAGAACAAUGGGGACACCCUUAACUGUCGCUCUCUCAAUGGGAGGGACUUAUCUGGGGAGCCUCAACAACAUGUUUGUGACAAGGUAGAGAAGAGUCUCUCCCGAUCAGAACACCUCAAGAAGCACAGACAUACAGGAAAGAAACCUCACCACUGCUGCUCUGACUGUGGGAAGAGUUUCACUAGCAGGAGUGGUUUCAUAAUGCACCAACGGAUUCACACCGGAGAGAAACCGUACUGCUGCUCUCAGUGUGGGAAGAGUUUUGCGGCUUCUAACACCUUCAAAUCUCAUCUGAGAAUUCAUACAGGAGAGAAACCUUACAGAUGCUCUCAGUGUGGGAAGAGUUUUGCUGUUUCUAACACCUUCAAAUCUCAUCUGAGAAUUCAUACAGGGGAGAAGCCUUACCCCUGCCUUGAUUGUGGUAAAAGCUUUGCUAACUCGGGAAUUCUAAACAUACACCAGCGUAUACACACUGGAGAGAAGCCUUAUAGCUGUAAUCAUUGUGGGAAGAGCUUUGCUCGGUCAGGAGAGCUGACUACACACCUGGUAACCCACACUGGAGAGAAGCCUUAUGUCUGUCUGUGUGGGAAGAGCUUUGCUCUAUCUGGACACCUGAAUAGACACCAGCGAACACACACUGGAGAGAAACCUUAUAGCUGUGAUCAGUGUGGGAAGAGCUUUUCUCUAUCAGAACACCUGAAUAGACACCAGCGAACACACACUGGAGAGAAACCUUACAGCUGUGAUCAGUGUGGGAAGAGUUUCAGUCUAUCAGGGACCCUAAAUACACACCAGCGAACACACACUGGAGAGAAACCCUAUGUCUGUCUAUGUGGAAAGAGCUUUUCUCAUUUAGGGCCAAUGAGAAAACACCAGAAAACACAAACGUGCUGUAUUUCAUCUCCCUCCCUUCUGGAACCGGUUCCAGAUCCCUAAAUAAAUGUUCAAUAAAAAACAUCUAGUGAACCCUAACCCCAAAUAAAGGAUAAAUACAUUUUUUUUUAAACUAUGGAACAGUCAUAUCCAUCUCCCAUUCUUAAACAGUUGCCUUCGUCUGAUCACCAUGGUAACCUCUGGAGCAUAAUAUGCAGCUCUGAUCUGGGAUCAGGUCUCCCCUGUGUCUAUGUAAUAUCACACAUUGGGAUCUAAAUGGAUAAAUGUUAUCAUAGAAUAUGUCAUAGUCAACGUGUGUGUGUUUACGUACUCCAAAAACUAAUCAAUGACGCAUUGAAUAAUAAUAUUCAUGAGGUCAAGGAAAGAACUAUGUAUGCUGUCUUGUAACAACGGUUAAUGUAAUAACUUUUAGAUUUAUAAUGUAAUAAAACCAGUAAAUGUAAUAUCUUGUUGGUUAAUAUGAUAAAAUGUAGAAUUCUUAUCGUAAUAACUUUUCUGUUUAAUUUAACAAGUUACGUUAUCAGUCAGGUAAGUAACAACUUUUUUAAUGAAUAACGUAAUAACUUCAACCGAUCAUGUAAUAACACCUAAAUCAAUGUUUUAUGUGUUACUUCACUAAUGUUAAUGCACAUACCAACCUCCACCAAUUACAAACCCACACACACAAACCUAUGCACCUGUACUCACACACAAAUACACAGCUUCAUCAUCAAAUUGUAUU